AUGCAAACCACCUCCACCCCGCCAAAACCAAAACCCACCCCCAAAGCGCGCCCCCUCCCCCCCACACACCGCCCCGCCAAGCGCCCACUCCUCCACCCGCCCCAGCCGCCGCGCACAAUCUACAUCUCCUCCCGCACGCCCUUCGUCUCGGCCGUCAAGCGCGCGCAAAAGUUCCUCGACGCCCAAAAGGCCGCAAAUGCCAAGAGCGCAGCAACCACCAAGGGCGCAACUGCAACCACCAAGAGCGUGAAGGUAAAGAGUGUGGAUGUGACGCUCAAGGCGUCGGGAAAGGCGAUUGAUAUGGCGCUGCAGGUGGCGCUGUAUUUUCAGGGCGCCUAUGUGGUGCGGAUUAGUACGGGGGGUGUGGCGGUCGUGGAUGAUGUUGUGAGGGUGGGCGAGGAGGUGGAGGGGUUUGGGGGGAAGAGGAGGAGGGGGGGUGAGGUGGAGAAGGAGGGAGAGGGGGGAGAGGUGGGGGAAGAGAAAGGGGAGGAGAUGGAGGGUGUGGAAGAGGAGGAGAUGGAGGAUAUUACGAUGAGGGAGAGGAGGAUUAGUACUAUUGAGAUUGUAAUUAGUGCCAAGGAGAAGCAGGUUUAG